CCGGAAGCGACGGAGCAGCGGUGAGAGCUCAGAUGAUUCACCGUCGAGUUUCCGGCGCAGCUGCGACUGAUUCCGUCUGAAUGAGAAGCGACCGACGCGCGACGAGCUGCGGCCUCGUGCUGCUCGAGCUGCUGCUCUGCGGGGCCCUGGGGCCGCAGGACGCGGGAGGCUGGUGGUCGACCUCCGACGUCCGUCUGCAGGAUGAAGGUUUGUGUAACGUCGAUGUGUGGGACGCCUCCUCACUCUCAUAUCAACAAUUCAUCAGCAGAUACGCGUACAGUCGACCCGUCGUCCUCAGAGGUCUGACCGACAACACGAGGUUCCGGCUGCUCUGCUCCAAGUCCAGUUUGCUGCGAGAGUUCGGCGUCCGGACGGUUCGGCUCAGCACGGCCAACACCUUCUCCUACAGGAAAGUGGACGUCCCGCUGCAGGAGUACGUGGACGACUUCCUGAGGCCUCAGUCCACCGAUGCGCUCGGCAGCGAAACGCUGUAUUUCUUUGGAGACAACAACUUGACCGAGUGGCGGAGUCUGUUCGAGCGCUACGAGCCUCCGCCGUACGUCCUGCCUCACACCAGCGCCGCCUACAGCUUCGGGAUCGCAGGUCCCGGGACGGGAGUUCCCUUCCACUGGCACGGCCCCGGGUUCUCUGAGGUCAUCUACGGAAGGAAGCGUUGGUUCCUCUACCCGCCGGAGAAGGAACCUCACUUCCACCCGAACUACACCACCCUGUCCUGGGUGAGGGACACCUACCCCCACCUGCCGGAGGACGAGGCUCCGCUGGAGUGCACCAUCCGGCCAGGAGAGGUGCUGUACUUCCCCGACCGCUGGUGGCACGCCACCCUCAACCUGGACACCAGCGUCUUCAUCUCCACCUUCCUCGGCUGAGCAUCUCCUCACCUCUCGUGGAGUUCUAGUUCUGUUCUUUCUUUUUGUUAAAGGGAUUCAUCACUUCUGAUUAAUCUUCUCGGGAAGAGAAACUGAUGAACUGUUGUUCCUCUGAUUUUAUUUUGGUCUGGAUGGUUUGACGUUUGAGCACCACAGUAACAUUCCAGGUGAAGAAUCUUCUGAGAGUAAAGAUGUUUCUGAUGAUGACCAUAAACUCAAUAAUGUGUAUUUGAUGACCAAAAUAAGCAGAAUCAGAUUCUGCUGCGCAGGGAUCAGAUCAACCACAUCUUCAGAAGUUUACUAAAUGGGCUGAAUUUUUUUUUUUAAACAAUUUUCUUGUUCAUUAGAAUUUUAUUUUGAAUAAACUCUGAUAUUUGUUUCAGAUUUGUUUUGAUUAUUGGAGAAACAGGAGCAGUUCAUGUAUUAAUUAUUAUUAUUGAUUAUGUGCUUCACCACACACCAGGCCUAACAACACACUGUGUUUAAUCAGCACUGAACAAGAUGAACCUCAAUCUGAAGGAUUACGCUCAGAUUAUUUCACCUGGGCCUGAGGUUAUUUUCCCAAAAUGAAACCAUUUUUCUAAAACUUUUUUCAUAUUAAAAUAUGAAUUGUGAAUAAACUCUUUAUUCCAUUAACCUAUGUUCAAAAUAAAAUUUAUUUGGGGCGGGUUUAUGACCUGUACUGCAGCCAGACACCAGGGGGCGGGGCUUAUGACCUGCACUGCAGCCAUACAUCAGGGGGCGGGGCUUAUGACAUGUACUUCAGCCGGACACCAGGGGGCGAUCUAUAUGAUUUGACUUCACUCUACAAGAUCUCUCCUGUCGUCAAUGUUCUUCAUUUUCAGUCUAUGGUCUCGAUGUUUGUGUAAAGGCCUCAUGCUGCGUUUCAUUAAAUCUAUUUUAAACCAUA